GUGUUGACGUUAAUUUUAACAACCAGGAAGUACUAGCUUCCCCUACACUUUUACUGAAAUUUACGAAUAUCAUCUAUAAAUGCUCGAGUUUACAGCGAAAUACAAAUUUAAUACUCAAACGUAUAGUUUUUGUUGGGCAGUAGUCACUAAAUGCCGAAUUUAGUUUAGCGUACCUUCGCUUUUACCAGAACACCUGGAUAUAUAUUUUUUUAAUUGUCGAGAGGAUGGAUGUUCCUCAACUCUCCGAAGAUGAGAUGGCGGAGAUUAAAAAAGACGUGCUGACCCGCAUGCGGCACUACCUCUGCGAAAAGAUCCGAGCACGCUGCCACCUGGAUUACUUGCGUUCCCGUCGCAUCCUGACCCGAGACGACGCCGAGGAGAUCAACAGCAAGAGUACGCAGACCAGCAGAACCGGUUGGCUGCUGGACAUUCUCACCGAGAACCCACGCGGCCUCGACGUCCUGAUUGAUUCCAUUCGGGAGCUACGCUCACAAAAUUUCGUCAUCCACAAAAUCACAGAUGAGGUGCAGAAAGCCAAGAAUGAGAAGCUGGAGUCUCUAAGAGCUGCAGCUUCCAGUUCCUCACCCAGGAGCAGCAUCACCCCUUCAUGCACCAGCCAGGACCUCUCCAAUACAUUUUCAAACGACUCCACCUUGCUCUUCCAGCCUGACGGACAACGAAGCCCCUGCACUUUGACCAUCGGCGCCCUCCCCAGCGUUAACUCGCUGCCAAACGGCGGCGUUCUGACAUCCGUUGGUUCCGCCGCAACCUCCUCCAGCCUCCCUAAGCCAGGAGACCCUGGAGCUCCCCCACUGCCUGAGGAGGAUGAGCUGCUGGUGGUGUCCCCCUCCAACGUAGGAGCGGUGUCACCCGGGUCUACCAGCAGUGGGGCGGACAACAACUUUCAACCCCUCCGCUCGCGAUGUCUCACUUCUGCGUCACACCAGAGCAACUUUUACUUAAAAUAGGAUUAGUAUGAUGUUUAAAAAGGAGAACCCGGUACAUGUGUACACUAGCUAGACAUUACAGUAUAACCCAAAUUAUACUACCUUGUGCACCAAGAUGUGCACAAAGACUGUACAUUAUCUCAUCAGCCUCAUCUUUUUUUUAUUCUAUAGUACUACUGAAUAUUGAUUACUACUGAAAGGGUUUUUAAAAAAAUAAUACAGUCUAGGUCUUUUUAGUUUUAAAAAUUUACAUCUUACAAUUUUACAAAUUUACAUUUAAAUGUGUAGCGUUGUCUGUACUUUUUUUUUUUUUUUUUUUUUUUUACUCUUUGGACACAUUUGAAUAUAAAA